AUGACUUUGUUGUGUAUCGAGAAAAAUUUGGAUUCAACCGGUUCAGGCACCCCGUCCCUGACGAGUGAGGCGGCAAAACAAUCCUAUCCAUUGAAAUAUCCUUGGACCAUGUAUUAUGAUACACCUAAUAAACGCACUACCCAGGAAAAUUACAACACCAAUCUACAGGCUCUUGCGACGGUUGAUUAUGUUUACACAGCUUGCUACAUGAUACAAAACAUUCCAGAUGCUUCUGAACUGCCUAGUGGCACCAGUCUUUCGUUUUUCAGAUCCGAUAUUAAGCCCUCUUGGGAAGAUUCACACAACGCCAAUGGUGGCAAAUGGACUUGCUCCAUUCAUAAAGAUGGCUCGAAAAAGAUUUCAAAACUAUGGAAAGAUGCCAUCUUCAGCUGCAUCGGGAGCGAGUAUGAACACCCGGAAACCAUCAACGGGGUUGUCUUGAGCAUUCGACAGAAAACCGAUAGAAUCGCCUUUUGGAUUUCCGAUGCCUCGCACGACGAUGCGCUGAAGCAUAUUGCAAGCUUCAUCAAAACUUAUCUCGAGCUUCCCGCUGACUUUACCUUAUCGUUCCAACUGCAUGCCGAUGCCCUCAAAGGGAACUCCAGAGAUCAUUUGAUUUUUUAA